CCCACAAAAGCACAGCAGGCAGGACCCCUCUAGAUCUCUCUCCCUCCCUCGUCAAUAAGCAAACAGCGAGAAGGGAAGGUAAACCGAAGGUCAUGGGUUGCAGAAGCAGGGAAUCCUCACAGGACGACGAUUCGGUUUCUCUGGGGGAAGCCUUGCUGUUCACUACCAUGUGCAUAGUUGGUCUCCCCGUUGAGGUUCACGUCAAGGACGGCUCAGUCUAUUCCGGAAUCUUCCACACUGCUUGCCUCGAGAAGGGCUAUGGUAUUGUUUUGAAGAAAGCAAUGAUGACAAAAAAAGGGAAACACAAUGCAAAUGUAGCACAUGGGGGGCUGAUAGAGACACUUGUAGUUCUUUCAGGAGAUCUUGUUCAAGUCGUUGCCAAGGGAGUUCUCUAUCCGGCUGAUGGUGCUGGUAAUAUUGCUGGUAAUGAUUUGGAGGCUGUUGAAGGCACUGUUCCUUCAUUUGAAUUUGUAGAAAGUGAGGAAAAAAAUACAAAUGCUGGAUUACUUGACGUGGAUGAAAAGCGGAUCAAUUAUGUGAGGAGUUCUGUUCAAAAUUUUAAUGGGUUUGCUAAUGCUAUUACACCCACAAAAUUUGAGGAUAACUUGCUCACAAGAGUUGAAAAGGAUGUAGGUUAUAUGGGGAAUGACUUGGAAGAAAAGGGAAAGAGUGAUGGCGUAAAUUUAUCACAGGUUGGAGAUGGAAAGUCACAAGGGAAACUUGGUGAUUACAAACAACAUUUUGAGAUUCGUAAGGAGAAAACUACCUGUGAACUUCGAGGCUCAAGUUUAAUCUCUGAUGCCUGCCUUCUGGAAGAAAAAUCUGUUGAUAUUCAUGAAAAAAUGGCAUCUAAGGUGUUGGCAGAGGAGGCUUCUUGUGAUGAUACUGCUGCUUCACUUGCUCAACCAGACAAUCAAGACUGCAAAAGGCACACACCAGCUGAGAUCCUGCCUUCAGAUGCUGUGUCUGCUGGUGUCAUGAAUUCUUCCAGUACGGUUGUGGAUGUCGCCUUAGAAUCAUGUCUCAAUUUACCGACCACCUCAAGUGAAAUGGUCCCUUCACAAAGUUCUGAUUCCCAUAGAAGUACAAAGGAAUUUAAGCUCAAUCCAGGAGCAAAAGUUUUCUCCCCAUCAUUUUCAAAUCCUAGAUCAGCAAUGAAUCCUGCCUUGUCAACAGUUGCAAGCAUGGCUUACUUGCCUAACAACCCUUCCCCGGUGCCUGUUGCUGCUGCACAGACAGAGAUUGAAAUAACUCCUUUUGUGCCUCGUUCCUCACCACAUUUUAAGUUUGUUCCAUAUGGGAACUUGAUGGCCGGAAAUGGUGGCAGUAGUUCUCAGUAUUCCCAAACUCUUGUUGGACAUCUGGGAAGCAGGACACAGCCUGUUAGAUAUGCUGGUCAGCAUCAUCCUCUUCAAGCUGGAACUACAUAUGUGCAUCCAAAUCCUCAAGCUGUUGUGGUUGGACGGUUGGGGCAAAUUGUCUACUUACAUCCAGUUUCUCAGGAAACGGUUCAGGGUGCGGCAACUAUCUCACCAGUAUCUGCACGUCCUCUAUUGACCCCAUACCCAGUUCAGUUUCCCAAGCAUCAAGGAAAUGCAGCCGCCCAAGCAAUGCAGUUGUGUGUGCCUCCCCCUAUGAUAACUGGUGGACAGCAGCCAAUUGCACUGCCAAACCAUGCCCCACUCUUGCAGCCACCCUUCCCGGCCAACCGCUCCAUUCCAGUUCCUGGGUCUAAUAGUCUCUUCAGCACCAAGUUUCCAUGAACAUAUAUGCAUACAUUCCUUCGUAAUCACCUCACAGUUGUCUUUCUCGUGGAGCAUAUUUCCCACUAAUUUUUGGCCUUUUUUUGAGAUUCAUAUUCUUUAACUGAAUGUGCAGACUUCUCGUCCUCCAUACACUACCGGUAAAAUCUUCUUGUUUUCAGGGAGUUAACCUUGAGUUUGAGAGAGAGGCUGAAAAAGGGUUUUUUUUUUUGGGUGGGAGGGUGGGAUCACUCUAAAGGACUAGAAGUGCAGUGUUCUUCUUCAUCUUUGAAAAAAAAAAAAAAAAAAAGAAAGCCCGGUGCACAAAGCUCCCACGUAUGUGGGGUCCGGGGAAGGGGUGGACCACAAUUGGUCUAUAGUUCAUCUUCUUUUUAUAAAUUAAUCUUGGAGUAUAUUGAAUGAGUUGCUUAAAGGGGCUCAGAUCAACAAUAUUUGAAAAGGAGAAAACUGUUGGGAGCCUUAUCUCUGCUUGUUUGAUAAACUAUUAAGAAGAGAGUUUUGGGUGGGGUGGGAUUUGGCUUGGUUUAGGGGUAUUUUUUUUUGAAGAUUUUGAUAUUAUCCUUUGGACUAUUGUUUUUUGAAGCUGUUGCAUUGUAAUUGAAUCUUCAUGGAGAGUAUGGAUCCAUGUUUAGAGAUGUAAUCUAGUUUGGUGGUAAAGUUAUCAGGGCGUUGUACCUUAUUGACAUUACGUAUGGUUAAGCUGUAAGAUUCUCAUGGAAUUAGGUGAUUCUGUUUCUGCAUUUGUUCUUAUUAUGAGAAAUAUGUUUUUUUCGAGAAGCA